UACUCCAGUAGUAAAGGAGUUUUCCAGGACUCCUGACGAGCACUUGCAGCGUCAGCUGGCGAUGCUUCCCUCAUUCUGUCCUUUCUCCUGCUUUCUUCUAUCCUCCGUAGUCAUUUGCCUCAAGUGGCCCCUGCGGGCCGCAGGGGGAGUACAGACUUGAACGGAUACUUCACUUCACAUCGUUUGGAGCCUUCCGUGCAGUGUUCAGGGGGGCAGAGACCCCAAUGCAGAGGCCAGGGGGCUUGAUGUGGAAUGGUGCAAAUAAUUCGUAUCAUGUAUAUUCUUGCCGUCAAACAGUGCCUCAACAGAGCGUUUGGUGGCAAACUACUGGUUAUCAGCCGAAACAGCUCUAUUAAUAUUCUGAGUUAAGGGACUUCACUGCAGUGGCUACACCGGCGACGACACAUGGGCGACGAGCGCGCCAUAGACGCUCACCGACAGCCAUGCAGCGACGUUUGGAGAAAAAACAGGAACGCUUCUCAGCUCGUCAGGUCGUGCACGAAGAGCCCCAUUCGCAAAAUAAAGCGGAGGAGAUCAUGAAAGCCAUCCUGAAUCUCAAGAACGAGGGCAACAGUGUGAUUGAUCUCACACACAAGAACUUGAAGGUGAUGCAGGAGAGCUUGUGCACGAUGCAGAACUCGCUCAACGAUUGCUUCAAGAUGCCCGACGCUACCGAGGCGCCAAGCGCGAAGGCGGCAGCUGCCGAGGCGCCAGACGCCAAGGCUGCAGAGGCACCAGCUCUCAACUUUCCUCCAGACGAUUUCGGCCAGCCCGAAGGCGUCGCCGCUGCUGCCAGCCAGACUGACGGCUGCGGGAAGGGAGACGCAGAGGCCCGAGAAGACACGCACAAUCAGCAACGACAGACUGUGCAACAUCCAGGGGGCGCCGUUUGCUUCGAGAUCGGUCCGGGCGCCGAGAACGAGGAGCAGCGCGAGGUUGUCCUCGAUGCCGGGUGCGCUGCAGUGGCUACGCCUGCCGUGGAUCCAAACCACAAGUCUCUCUUCGAGUACCGCCCGCCCCCUGGGCCGGCAUGGGUCCGGGUUCGAGAUGCAUUUCAUUUUCGAGAGCCUAUUGCUGGUGAUCGUGUUCUGGAUUUCUCUCCAAGUCCGUGCGAUGGCGAACGAACUGGAACGGUGGUUCAAAGGAAUUCCUCGUCCCUCUUGAAAGAAAGUGAAAUAGCUUGCAGGUGGGACGUGCUUGUUGACGACGGUUUUCAGAAUUGGUUUGAGAAAGAGAUUGGCUGGCACGAGAAAGAGUUCGUGAUCCUCCCUUUAUCCUGAGAGCGCACUAAGAUACGCGAGUGAGUGCGCAGCACUCGUCGACUACGCUGGACAGGGGGAGUUUUUAUUACUCCAGUAACACAGGAGUUUUCCAGGACUCCUGACGAGCACUCGCAGCGUCAGCUGGCGAUGCUUCCCUCAUUCUGUCCUUUCUCCUGCUUUCUUCUAUCCUCCGUAGUCAUUUGCCUCAAGUGGCCCCUGCGGGCCGCAGGGGGGGUACAGACUUGAACGGAUACUUCACUUCACAUCUUUUGGAGCCUUCCGUGCAGUGUUCAGGGGGGCAGAGACCCCAAUGCAGUCCAAGGGGCUUGAUGUGGAAUGGUACAAAUAAGUCGUAUCAUCUAUAUUCUUGCCGUCAAACAGUGCCUCAACAGAACGUUUGGUGGCAAACUACUGGUUAUCAGCCGAAACAGCUCGAUGAAUAUUCUGAGUUAAGGGACUUCACUGCAGUGGCUACACCGGCGACGACACAUGGGCGACGGGCGCGCCAUAGACGGUCACCGACAGCCAUGCAUCGACGUUUGGAGAAAAAACAGGAACGCUUCUCAGCUCGUGGCGAACUACUUCCCCCUCUCUCAUCGCCUGCGCCGCCUUUCGGUCAGCCAAACCAGGGAGGGCGCCACGCGCCUCAUCAAGUUCUAGAAGGGAAAUUUAUCCAUAACGCACCGCCGGGAGGCUUGAUCUUCGGGGAGUUCGGCAGGCCGCCGAUCUGUGGAUGCAUUCGGGCCCCAGGGUGCGU